GGCCGCCACCACGCCAUGCUGGAGAUGGCUGAUAUUAUUCAAAGGACAGGAUACCGCUGCGUUCAAGAGCAGACAGAAUGACCUUACAAAUAAACAUGAUGUUGUAGCUCAUGGUGGAUGACUUCUACUUUGCUAUUACUACGGUACCCUUUGCUCGCCAGACUGCGCCACAUAUUUCUGGGGAUGGCUUCGCCGAGUACUGUCAAUUAUCUUUCAGCCUCAUCAAUGCCACGCUUCGACACCACCAUGGCAUCAAACGCCUCCAUCUAAUUCGGUCAUGAGGGACUUUUCCCUACUCUUCGACUCGUCCGUCCCAGUAAACGAGCGCCACAGCCUAUUUCUGUGCCUGGCUUCGCUUUCGGCCACUUUACCCCAGACUCUGAUCGUUGGUUUCCCUUCCCAGGCCGGUUGCUCACCUCCCAGGCGAGCGUUCACUGUGGGGCCACACAGGCAGGCAACUCUUCCUCAUGGCAAUCUGAUUUUGACCUCUUGGUAGUAACACCACCACUGGGCUUUUGCACGUCGCGUGAGCAUCCAUCUCGGGUUGCUCGUGGUGGCAAGAACACCUCACCAAGGUUUCACAGCAGGCUUUUGGUGCCUUGAACCUCCCUCCCGUCGUCUGGGACGCAGCCCACUCGAAAUCACGCAGGUCCCUCUCUAGCACAACCCGUCGUCGAGCUGAUAGGCGGAGAAAAACCACAACAGACUCGGAGGAUUAUGCAGCGAGAAGAGGAGGUCCAUGCCGCCAACCAUCCCCGGUUGAUGUCAUGGCAUGCCCUCGUUUGGUGCCUCUGGACAAAAUCCCGCGUGACUUUUUAGCUGCAGGAGAGUCCUUGCCUGAGCCCAGCAUCUCCCGCCGUGCCUGGGUUCUUCUGGGUGGAUGCAUGGUGCCUGGCGAGCCUGCGUCUCUGCACCACCCACGCUCCCACCACGCUCGAGCUGAGUUUCCCCCACGUCCCCUGCCCGCUCGUCCCAGUAAACAAGGGAAAACCCUGAACCUGUUGGGUUUUUUCUGAAGGGGAAUAUAAGCACCUCCUCCACGAUUCCCAGGCCCCGAUGCCCUGCCAAAAUACCGUCGGCUAUCGCCCGUCAGUUAUAGGCUAUUCCUCGAGGAAGCCAGGCCAGGAACUCACUCCACGCGUUGCGGAGAAGUCGAACUAAGACGCGGGCUGAUGGAUAGCUGCACGUCUCGAAUGAGGACGAUACGAGAAAUCGCGAGUGUCCAAGUGACCUCACGCAUAUUCUGAGGCUGCCCUGCGUCACUGGGCAUCAGUCAAUCCUCCGGCGAGACAAAUGAGGGUCCACACUCAGGUCCUGCUACAUCUGAUCAUGUUGCCUCGUCAUUCCUCUUGCUCUCCUCCCAAUGGACCGCCCUUUCUUCCCUCCUGCUACUUUGUGUGAGACUGACCGUCCGUUGGCUUCUUAGUUUGGCGGUAGGUCUUCCGAUACGUGCUAUGUUCCCGAAUGCAGUGUGCUACUUUCUCCUCUUUUCGAGACCUCACAUGCAUUUCAACAACGCAGCCUGGAAAUCUGAGCCCGUCGGCGUUCAACUGGCCCUCAAGUCGACCAUAAUCACACCGCCCGCUCCAUCUCACUUCUCGCAUAUAAAAUCUGCUAGUCGAGUACCUUUAUCUGCUCUCUCUUUUUCCUCCCAACCCUACCUGCUUCCCUGAAUCCCCAACCAUGGAUGUUUAUAGCCUUCCCAACGUCACCGAACCGCAUCCUCCCACUGCUCUUGCCCUCCAGAGGGUGACUCCAGUCCUCUCUUACGUCGCGGUCUUUUUUUCUUUGACCAGCUUCCUCUGGUGGUGCAUACAAGACUACCGCUUCUUCAAAUCGUUGGGAGUCGGGGGACCCUCUCAUGACAUCUUCGGCUGGUUCAAAGUCCACAUUCUGGUCAGACCUUUCACCCUCGCCGUUCGGGAUACCAUAUGGACUGGAGACUAUCCAGAUCAUGGGGCUCACAAGGACAUCAUGGCAUUACCAGAUCGAAGGGGUGAACGGCCAGUCAUACUGGGCAUCGCUCCUCAAAGACAGUUUAGUCAAUGUCCAGGGCAAGAAAUGAACUCGCGCGUACUUGCCUUGUUCUCGUCUUUUGUCCACAACAACCCCAACUUACUGCAGCAAAGGCUCUCCGUCGUCGAGAAACAUCACUCUGCUCUCUUCGUGCAUCCAGGCAUACUUGCCAAACCAGACAACCUUCCGGAAAUUGCAACCAUCGCCAACGGUGAAAUGGGGCAUAUCCACGGAGACACUUCACUACACCUUUACUUCUCGCCAGCAGACGCUAAAAUCCUCAUCGAAAGAGGUUGGGCUCAACGACAUCGAUCUGCUAGGACUCAGCCGUGGUGGUUUGGUGGCCUGAAGAAUAUGUGGGGCAUUGGAGACACCUUCCUCAUCGUGUACGCUCCAAGGGACCAGCAUGAGCUCGAUGUGUUGUGUGUCUUGAUCAAGGCGAGCAUCAUGUUCAUGACAGGCGAACAGGAGGUCGUCAAGUCGUGAGAAGGCCCAAGGAAGGUACUGGCCCCCUCGGGCGUAGUAACGAUACGCACCCUGCAACUCGAAAUCAGCGAUCAGCCUGCGGGUGGGGUGAGGUCCAGUAUUCUUCCUUGUAUGACGUGGGGAUUGGCGGUCCUAGUAUGAGUUUCAAUAUGUCCGGUAUGAGUGGGAGGAGGAAACCCGAGGAUGGGUUGAGGACGGUUGUGGUGGUGGUUAGAUGGAAUGGUUCAAGAUGGUGUAUUUUCCCUAUGUAAACACAAAAUCGCAAGCCUGGCCGUGUCGGCUUUGUUGCCGCCACAAGAAAUAGGGCUGUAAAAGCAGCAAGUGCCUGUCCAGCCAUUCAAUCGAUGACCAUAUGUCAAC